AUGGAACAACCUUUUUUGACGCCCACCCAGGGGCCGCGAACAAUCUGUCCCGAGGAGUCGGUGCAGCUGGAGGAACUACCCCGCGCGGAGGAGGAAGCUGAAUGCAACUGUGUCCAAGGCGCGCACGGUUUUGGUGCAAUCGCUUGGGGGGGCUCCGCGCCGCUCCGCGCCGCUCCGCGCCGCCCGCUGCGCAGGAGGAGGAGGAGGAAGAGGAGGAGGAGGAGGCGGAGGAGGAGGAGGAGGAGGAGGAGGAGGGAGGACCGGAGCGGUGCCCGCCGCCUUGCCCCCGCCGCCCUGCCUUGCGCGGGCGUGCGCGGCUCGGCCGCAGCGGAGCGCGGGGCUCCGCCGGGCGCUGCGCUGCCUCCCCCCCCCCCCUCCCCUUCCCCGGCUCUUUCCCCCCCCCCCCCCCCGCCCCGGCUCCGGGCUGGAUAUGUGGAUGCUCACGUGAAGAUGGAUGUAGCGAUCGGGCUGCUGGGGCUGCUGACGGUUCUGCUGGAGGGCAGCUCCGGCCAAGGGGUGUACGCCCCCCCCACUGUGCGGAUCGUGCACUCGGGCCUGGCGUGCAACAUCGAGGAGGAACGCUACUCGGAGCGGGUCUACACCAUCCGCGAGGGCGAGACGCUGGAGCUGACCUGCCUGGUCACCGGCCAUCCUCGGCCACAGAUCAGGUGGACCAAAACAGCAGGAAGUGCCUCUGACAGAUUUCAAGACUCGAGUGUCUUCAAUGAAACCCUGAGGAUAUCCAACAUCCAGCGACACCAGGGAGGACGCUACUACUGCAAGGCUGAGAACGGCUUAGGUUCGCCAGCCAUAAAGUCCAUAAGAGUGGACGUGUACUAUUUGGAUGAUCCAAUAGUAACAGUCCACCAGAGCAUCGGGGAAGCAAAAGAGCAGUUUUACUAUGAGAGAACGGUGUUUCUCAGGUGCGUUGCCAACUCCAAUCCGCCUGUUCGGUACAGCUGGCGCCGCGGCCAAGAGGUAUUGCUGCAAGGGUCUGAUAAAGGAGUGGAGAUCUAUGAGCCCUUCUUUACCCAGGGAGAAACAAAGAUCCUGAAGCUGAAGAACCUCCGACCUCAGGACUACGCGAAUUACAGCUGCAUCGCCUCGGUGAGGAAUGUCUGCAGCAUCCCUGAUAAGAUGGUGUCCUUCCGACUCUCCAAUAAAACAGCAUCCCCUUCAAUUAAGCUUCUUGUGGAUGACCCGAUAGUGGUGAACCCUGGAGAAGCGAUCACCUUAGUCUGUGUGACGACAGGAGGGGAGCCAGCCCCCAGCCUGACGUGGGUGAGGUCUGCCGGCAUCCUGCCCGAGAAGACGGUCCUGAACGGCGGCACUUUAACGAUACCUGCCAUCACGUCAGAAGAUGCUGGCACGUACAGUUGCAUUGCGAAUAACAAUGUUGGAAAUCCUGCGAAAAAGUCCACCAACAUCAUCGUAAGAGCCUUAAAAAAAGGACGUUUUUGGAUCACCCCUGACCCAUAUCACAAAGAUGACAACAUCCAGAUUGGGCGAGAGGUGAAAAUCUCCUGCCAGGUGGAAGCCAUCCCUUCUGAAGAGCUUACGUUCAGCUGGUUUAAAAAUGGACGUCCCUUGCGAAGCUCUGAAAGGAUGGUCAUCACACAGACUGACCCCGAUGUUUCACCUGGCACCACAAACCUGGACAUUAUUGACUUGAAAUUCACUGACUUUGGGACAUACACCUGUGUUGCAUCUCUGAAGGGAGGUGGCAUAUCGGAUAUCAGCAUUGAUGUCAACAUCUCCAGCAGUACAGUCCCACCCAAUUUGACUGUUCCUCAAGAAAAGUCACCCCUGGUCACCCGGGAAGGGGACACGAUCGAGCUGCAGUGCCAAGUGACAGGGAAGCCCAAGCCUAUCAUUCUCUGGUCCCGAGCAGACAAGGAGGUCGCGAUGCCAGACGGGGCGAUGCAGACGGAGAGCUACGAUGGGAUCCUGAGGAUCGUGAAUGUGUCCAGGGAGAUGACGGGAACCUACAGGUGCCAGACCAGCCAAUACAAUGGGUUUAAUGUGAAACCCAGAGAAGCUUUGGUACAGCUCAUUGUACAGUACCCCCCCGCCGUAGAGCCCACCUUCCUGGAGAUACGGCAAGGCCAAGGUCGGAGCAUCACCAUGAGCUGCCGGGUCCUGAGGGCAUAUCCCACCCGGGUCCUCACCUACGAGUGGCGUCUGGGCAGCAAGCUGCUGCGCACCGGCCAGUUCGACGUCCAGGACUCCACGGAGUACACCGUCGGCAGCCUUUCCCGCGACAGCUAUGGCAUCUACAACUGCAACAUCAUCAACGAAGCGGGCGCUGGCCGGUGCAGCUUCCUCGUGACAGGCAAAGCCUACGCUCCCGAGUUCUACUACGACACCUACAACCCCCUGUGGCAGAACAGACCCCGCGUGUACUCCUACAGUCUCCAGUGGACUCAGAUGAACCCCGACGCUGUGGACCGCAUCCUUGCCUAUCGCUUAGGGAUUAGGCAGGCUGGACAACAGCGUUGGUGGGAACAGGAAAUUACAGUGAAUGGAAAUAUUCAAAAGGGAGAAUUAAUUACCUACAACCUAACUGAGCUGAUCAAGCCAGAGGCGUAUGAAGUCCGUCUAACGCCCAUCACCAGAUUUGGGGAGGGGGACUCGACUAUUCGGGUCAUCAAGUAUAGUGCUCCAGUAAAUCCACAUCUACGAGAGUUCCACUGUGGGUUUGAGGAUGGUAACAUUUGCCUUUUCACUCAAGACGACACGGACAAUUUCGACUGGACAAAACAAAGCACUGCCACUAGAGACACAAAAUACACCCCGAACACGGGGCCAAAUGCGGAUCGGACUGGCUCCAAGGAAGGUUUCUACAUGUACAUUGAGACAUCACGCCCCAGGCUGGAAGGAGAAAAGGCCAGACUUGUUAGUCCUGUUUUCAGUGUUGCUCCAAAAAAUCCUUACGGAGCUACGAACACAGCCUAUUGUUUUAGCUUCUACUAUCACAUGUAUGGACAGCACAUAGGAAGUUUGAACGUUUACCUGCGGUUGAAAGGUCAGACCGCGAUAGAGAACCCGUUGUGGUCUUCAAGUGGAAAUAAGGGACAGCACUGGAACCAAGCCCGCGUUAAUAUAAACCCCCCAACUUCAUUUCAGCUCAUAUUUGAAGGGAUCCGAGGUCCUGGCAUCGAAGGUGAUAUUGCUAUUGAUGAUGUAUCAAUUGUGGAAGGAGAGUGUAUGAAAUCAGACCAACCGGCCAACAAUUUACGAUCAGGUGCUGUUGGGACAUUAGCACAUAUACGACUUAUCCCAGUUAUCAUCCUCAUGUCUGUCUUAAGUCAUCAGAGGUGACCUUAUCCUGGCAGAGGCUACAAAAGAUUCACCAGGCACUGGCAUGAAGAAAGAGUCUUUGUAAAAUGGACAUUUAAAAACAAACUACCAAAGAUUCCUCCACUGACUGACUCAAAAGUUAAAUAAAUACAUAAAUAAAUAAAAAAAAAAAUUAAAAAGCACUGGGGACAUAAAAGGCAUCACGGGAGUGUAACUCACUAUGAACCACACGUGAGAACGAGAUCUGGCCUAAGUAAGGAAGAGACCUUCAGGUGCUUUUGUGGUCAAUAAUGAAUACAGGAUCAUCUGGUUGAACUCUCGGAAAAGAGCUAUAGAAACCCUUGUCAAAGCACAAAGUCAUGGCUGGUUUUGUUUCAAAUGAAUAGUUUGCUUGUUACCAUGGAAACCUAAUGGCCUGCCAAAAAAAAAAAAAAAAGAAGGAGAGAGAGAGGAAAUAAAAACAAAAACAGAGAGAGAGAGAGAAACACCUCACUGUAAACAGGGUAUGUGAAGAGCUGGCAUUCAUUUUCCCUUCAAGAAGGUUUUUAGUAUAGAGUUAAAUAAUUGUAGGCCCUUUCUACUUUGGCUGUCACCUCCCCUAGAGAAUAACCCUAAAUCAGAGCUGUUUUAAGACAUUUAUGUUUCAUUUCUCAUGGCUAUGCUUGAUAACUGUAUGCUGUCUCCUUUUGCAUGCAUUACUAUCCAGGAUGUGCGACCUGGGCUUACAUAUUACACAGGCUUAUCGGAGUUUGCUUGCGGCCACUCGAACACCCCUCUCCCCUCCCCAACUAAGUCAUCUGUUCUAAUGAAGUGAAGAAACCAAACCACCGUCUUUUAUAAAUUGCCAUGGAAACCAAGUGCCUUCAAUGAAACAAGCCUGAUUUAAAAAAAAAAAAAAAUAAAAUAAAAUAAUAAUAAUAAUUUCAACACAGAAGCUUGCACUGCUAAAAUGUGGUUUGUGCAAACUAUUUUCUAAACAAACUACGGAGCCUGGGUGUGCAGACUGCAGGCAAGGAGACGAAGCCGAUUCUGGAGAUGGAUGGACCUAAGCUGCUGCGUAAGCCCUUUCGGAUGAGAUAUUUGUUGUUUAACCUUCCAGACAGCCAUGGCCUUUCAGCUUAUUAUCCAUUAGAAAAUAGCUUCCGUUGGUCCUGGAAACGGGAGCAGCACUCUUUUUUGUUGUUGUUGUUGUUGUUUUUUCAGGUUAUCAAGUGGGUCAACCAGAGGAAAAGGUUGUUAAGAUACACUUAGCGCAGAAGGUGGUAAAACACAGAAGUGAUUUUCUUACUCUAACCUCCAUUCGCAAGGCGGUCGGCCCCAGCGUUAGCGGGACGGGGAGGCGUGCGUGGGGGACGGCAGUGCGUACCGAGACACCAAGCAAACCGCAGAGCUCGCUGCAAACCUGGCGCCGGCGAAGCACCGAGGGUGCCGUGCCUCUGCCCUGGAGCCAGACUCUGUGCAGAUCGCGAAAGAUUAUUUUGUUAUUGUAGCGAAAUUAAAAAAAAAAAAAAAAAAAAAUCCACUUUUACAACAAAAGAAUAAAAGCUGUACAAAUGGUUUUGAGCUACCUGAACACGUACCGUUAGCCAGCUGGUUUUCCACUGCAUUGUAAAGUUCCCUUACAGUUGGUUAUGACGAUUUGAAGACCUUUUUCCUUAAAUUAUCUCAGCUUUUAACUUCAUUUAAAAAAAAAAAAAAGACUUUUGUCUAAAGGAGAGUAUUAUUAUUAUAAUUAUUAUAAUUAUUAUUAUUAUUAUUCUGUGUUCUCUCAACACCCUAGGAUUAAAAAAAACCUGAUAUGCAAGUAAUUGGAGUACAAACAUGAAAACAAACAAACGAGUAUAAUAUUUGCAAAUAUGAGUAUAAAAAGCACAACGAGAUGCAGUAAAACAAUGACAAGGCUUGAUUUUUUUUAUUCUGUAGAGAAAUGUUUGUGCAAAUUCAGUAAUUCAACUGAAGAGAUAAUUUUACAGCUAUGUUCAAUAAAGCCUCUUUCCAGGUAAGGUA